CCUCCAUGGCGCUUAAACGGAAAGCCUCCUCAACUUCUAUUCAGGAUUCCCCUUCGAAGCGUACUCGUUCAAGGGUUGCUCCUUCUACUCCUUCAAUCGCAACUGGAUCGCCUCGGAAGAGUCGCGCCGCGAAACCGUCAGUACCGGCAAACGACCUUAGCGACGACUCCAGCGACGAUGAGCUCAAUAUCAUCGAUCAGGAAGUGCCACCUACUCCUUCGAAAAGGUCCAAGAGAUUGGUGCAUGUUGUCAUUCCUACACCCAACAGUUCACGCAGGCCUGCAUUUCCAAAACCGAAGGCUGUUCAGUUCGCAGACGCCUUACCUUUAGAAUCCCAGCCUUCUCCAUCAAAAAAGGCUCGUUCUACUAAUUAUGGCAAACAACGAGCUGAAGAUCGCGCUGCGCACCAACUGUUACAGGCAAAAGCCGUGCAGCUGAAAACCCCGUCUCUCACUCCUCCUCCGGCCAUUCCUCCGCCUAUACAUGUUCCUUCUCCUCAGCGCUCCCCUUCCCGACAUGCUGCCAAAGGAAACUUGUCCCAUCAUCUGUGCGAGUCACUGACAUUUCAAAAACGCGCAGUCCUUCGCGCUUUGCAGCAUCCUCCAGUCAUUGAGUCGGAAGAUGCCAGCGAACGAUCUACCAACGAAAUCGCGAUGGAAAAAUUGAGUCAACUUCUGGAUGGAACGGCGACCCGAGGAGAGGGAAAUAGCUGUCUCUUGCUUGGUCCCCGGGGUAGCGGUAAGACUCAGACAAUCGAACUAUGCAUAUCCAAUCUUAAGGAAACUCCCAUUGUCAUACGGCUAUCUGGGCUAGUUCAAACAAAUGACCGUCUCGCUAUGCGCGAAUUAUCUCGUCAGUUAAGUUCUCAAGUCUCUCCCGCCCUGCUGCCAGAGGAAAUUCGAGGGGCCGCAUACGAUGAAUCACUAGAGGAUGAUGAUGAUAACCCUUUCCUCGAUACUCCCGCCGAAGCAGUCGAGCUUUCAGUCCCCACAGCUCACAUGCAUUCGCUCAUUGCCUGUAUUCCUACCCUUGGACGGCCAACAAUCGUCAUUUUGGACGCUUUCGAUCUUUUUACUGACCAUCCUCGCCAAUCAUUUCUCUAUUCCCUUCUUGACACAGUCCAAAGCUGCCGAGCAGGCGGAAGAAACAACGGAUUCGCUGUCGUAGGUGUGACGAGCCGGAUGGAUACGCUCAUGGCUCUAGAGAAGCGCGUAAAAAGUCGCUUUUCUGGAAGAAUGAUCAGAACUUCCGCUUCUAUCAAAGCAUCACAGGCCAAGAACAUCACUAGGGCAAUGUUGACUCCUUCUAUGGAGGAUUAUAAGGUUGACGAAGAGUUCAGUGACAUGUGGAACGCAAGUGUCGAUGAUUUUUUGACCGAUCCUAAAACCACACGUAUUCUAGAGGAAGCCUGCAGUAUCACAGGGGAUAUCAGGUCGCUCGCUCGAUUAUUCGUUUCUCCUGUGCUGAACCUAAAACCGGUUUCUCCCUGGUUGACUGCAAGCCAACUAGAGCUCUCCGCCGAAACACAGCGUAUCCGACCAGAAUUUGCUUACCUUCAUACCCUAAACUAUCCAUCUCUCUGUCUCCUUCUUGCCUUCUAUCAGGCAGACAGUGACGGGUACCCUGCUCUUACCUUUGAGAUGCUUUACGAGUAUGUUCGUAACGCUAUUCGCGUCUCAGCCGUUGCCCCAGUGCAACUUCGUGGUAACAGCAUCGGCAUGGUCCGCUGCUCAAGACAAGUGCUUUUGGCUGCGUUCGAGCACUUGAUCUCCGCCCAGAUCUUUGUCUCCCUCUCAGGUCCAUCUGUUAACGCAGGGAAGAAUUUUCUCAAGUAUCGAUGCUCGGUGGAUCGUGAGGAUGUCAAGAAGAGUGUAGAGAGAAACGGGCACUCAAGUCUGACUAAAUUUUUGAGGCGCGCAAUGGGCUCGCGUUAGACUAGACUUUUUGAAUCUCAUAGACGGAUGGAUUGUACUUAUACUUAUUUGUAUCGCUAUUGGUUGUGAGGAGAUAUAUUGCAUUCCGUGUCUUGUAGGACACAAUACAU